AUGAGGCGAGCAAAUAGAGACUGGAAUGUUGAAGGUAUAUUCGGCAACACGUUGGUGGAAGGGAUAGACCACAAGCUCUUACUCUCAACCGCAACAACCCAGCAUCAUACUCAAGUUCAACAGACCAAAUCGUCCAUCUCAACUGACAACCUGAUGAGGUUUGACAGCCAGUUAAGAGAUUCGCAAGAAACAAUCAAAAACCGCGAUAGCAGCAUGUUUCGCCCCGAUUCUAAGGACAAAACUAUUGUUGAAACUUUUCAACCUCAGCAAGCACAUCCAACAUGGAACCCUAUUCCUCAAUCUGAAUAUGUGCACAACACCAGACAGGUGCCAUGCUUUUCCCAGACCACGGCAACUAUUGGCGAACAAAAUAUGAAUGCGCAGGGUACUAUCAUACCUCAGGAGUUCUUUUCGCGAAGCAUCUCUCCUAUCAAACCGACCCGUUCUGAGUCUCGUUGGGUUACUACUUCCGCCUUUCGACAAUCAACACAAUCUCUUACUCGCGCUCUUAAUGAAUCCAGAUCAACCAAGGUCGGCCAUGGCUAUAGUACCAUACGACAGCCCCUCAUGGGAACUGCUGCUAUAUCCCCCGCAAGCUCCAUCGACCGCAUGGAGGAAGGUCAUAUCGUGGCCUCAAGUGUCCCUUGGCGAAGUGCGACUGAUGGUCCACAAACCCAGUAUCUUCGACCCAGUCCAUCACGACAACCGGGCGGCCCUACAGAAGACAAUUUUGGUUAUUUUCGGUCACGCUCAUAUACGCUAGAGAGCCUGUUGAUGCCUCCAAGAGACUUGAACCCAACUGCGACUUGGCUCAAUCAGACUGCUGCUAUAGCAGAUACGAAAACGGCCUUCCGGCCUUCCGGAAUGUGGCUCAGAAAGCGAGAUCCGCUUCAAGAAAACUCACAGCUGGAACAGAUGCAACUAGGAAAUACUGGAUACCAGGGGGACUUGUGCGGAGAAUCAUACAGAUCCCAAAUCAGAAAUCUCGAUGACACCGAAAACUGUGCUUUGUGGGUGACAAAUAUUCCGCCGUCGGCGAGCGCGGCAGAUAUGUUCGACAUCAUCAAUUGUGGAGCGGUAUUCUCCUUGCACAUAAACAAGCCUAACCUCCAUCACCGCACGGCAGCAGCAAAAUUGGUCUUCAUCGAGCCUCAUAGCGCUACGGAGUUUUUCACCCAAGCCAGUCGUGGCAUCCAGAUAGGCGAUACAAAACUGAAGGUAAUAUAUAACCGCCACGGUAGCCGCCGUUCAGGAGUCAAGAAUAGUAGGAUUCUCCUGGUUGAGGGCCCGGCUAGCAUAAUGACGUUUGAAUAUUGGGACACGUUCUUCCGACGAUAUUGCGAAUUCGAUUGGGACCGUGUCCUCCCACUGCAUUGUCCUCACCAAGGCAGGCGGAUAUUGGAAUUUCGGUUUAUGCGUAUUGAUGGACAGGCACAGAUGUGCUUGAAGGCCCUUCAACGCGACCCGGCUCAUAAAUAUGUCUCUGCCGAAUACGGUGCUGAUCCAUGCAACCCAGAAUCCCGACAAAAUUUCGAGACAAACAUGAGCAUAAGCGGUGCAUAUACGGGGAGAUAA